AUGGACGAUUGCAGUCCUCAUUACGAUGAAAUCUUAGAACUAGUAGGUUAUCGACGAAAUCGUUUGAAAACCCUUGCCGUUUGGAUUGCCAUGGCGCUUUCUGGAUUUACACUUGCAUUUUUGUUUUACUGGCGACGUGACUAUUGGGUUGCACUGACCCACACUAAAGUGAAUGUUUCGCAAGCUGAAGUUAUCCUUUUGCGAAGUGCCUCAUUUGGCACCGAUAUUAGUGAUGUGUAUGUACAAUCCCUUUUAACGAACCGAACGCACUUGUAUAAAUAUUUGGAAGAUGACCAUGCAUCUGAGACAAGUCCUCUUUUCUCUGUGAAAGACCACAAUUCUGUUAAGUUCUUCUUUUACCGAAAUUUGAAAUACAUAUGGUACAGCGAUAAGAAUAUCUUCUCUCCUAUUAGGUAUUGUAUCACUAUUGUUGCAUUUUGCCAGAUCCUAUCACCAUUCUAUAUAUUCCAAAUAUUUAGUGUUAUGUUGUGGAUGAGCUCUGAGUACUACUUUUACGCCUCGGUCAUUCUCAUCCUCUCAGCAACCUCCGUGAUACUGUCAACGCUAUCGUGUCGCAAGAAUGAACGCCAACUUCGCGAUAAAGUAAAAAUGGCUGAAACAGUGUUUGUCUUACGUGGUGUUGAGAGUAAACCCAUUGAAAUCCCAUCAGUAAAUCUCGUACCGGGAGAUGUAGUAUGUAUUCCUCCUUUCGGUUGUGAGUUGGUGGCAGACAUGCUCCUAAUCAGUGGAUCUUGUACCGUCAAUGAAGCCAAUUUAAAUGGAGAAAGUGUUCCACAGAUGAAGUCAGCAAUUACUGAACUUGCAACUCCCACCACCGAUGAAGACAGAAAGAUUGAUAUUCGCCGUCUUGCUCGUCACGUACUCUUCAGUGGCACUCGAGUUUUGCAAGCACGCGAGUCUUUUGAAGGAUCUCUUGUAAAAGCUGUGGUAUUACGGACAGGUUUUCUCACUGUAAAGGGUGAUCUGGUUCGUGCUAUCCUACACCCCAAACCCUUGGAUGUAGACUUUAACAUAGACAGCUUUAGAUUUCUCUCCAUCAUGGCUGUCAUUGCGAUCGCGGGGUUUAUCUACACCUGCAUUGUUCUUCAACACUACAAUCUGGGGGUGGGUGCGAUGAUUCGAAAGUCAUUGGACAUUUUUACCAUCGUGGUUCCACCAGCACUGCCUUCAGUGAUGACUACAGGUCUCUACUUGGCACAGUUGCGGCUCAGGAAGUUGAAUAUCUUCUGCAUCAACCCUUCAGCAAUCAACAUUGCCGGCACUCUCAAUACAAUCGUCUUUGACAAGACUGGCACUUUAACGGAGGAGUAUAUGUCGGUGAAAGGUGUGUGGAAAGGUGGACCAUGCCUCGAGUCUCAUGCACUCUCUAGGGUAGAUCAAAUUGCAAAUCAACCUGGGCCUUUGUCAGCAGUUCUGGCUGCCUGCCAUUCGUUGACUGUCGAUCCCUCCACUUGUGAGAUUGUUGGAGAUCCUUUGGACAGGAUUAUCUUCACUUCCACUAACUGGGCGCUUCAAGAAAGGGAUCUUGAAAAAGUUGGCACAAGAUUCACCUCACCUAUCCAAGCUGUUAUUUGCAAUUCUCGGAUUGACAGUUCAUCACCAUGGCAACAAUUGGGAAUUCUGCGACACUUUCCCUUCUCUUCCACGGCUCAGAGACAAUCAGUUGUUGUGGAAACAGUAGGCAAGAAAGGCGAGAUCGCGGUACUCACAAAAGGUGCUCCAGAGGCAAUAGCAAAGCAUUGCAAACCUCACACUUUGCCCCAAGACUUUGACGAAAAACUCGCCUACUUUUCAAAGCAAGUAAGGCUCAUAACUUCUGCCUUUAUCCACCUCCUCCUCGACAAAUUGGCCAACCUUGACUUUCAUGAGUAUUCUCGCUUUCAGGGACAUCGAGUUCUAGCAUUAGCAUGGAAAUCCAUCAGUAGUGCAAUGCUGAAUGACAAUUCAGACGAAAAGGUGUCAGCGUGGACAACAGUUUAUCAAUUUCAAAGGCGUGACUAUUUUGAAUGCGAUCUACACUUCCUUGGUCUAGUUGUACUCGACAAUCCCGUCAAAUCGGAGUCGGAGCCAACCAUCCGUGAACUCUUGAAUGCAAAUUUUCGUGUUAUCAUGGCUACAGGUGUGCCUGCAGGAUACACUUCUAGCAUUUGCAAAUUCAUCAAUUCUGUAAAUCUGCACUUUUGA